CAAUAAUAAAUAGACAUGUCGCUGGAUUUCGACAAGCGUGUGUGCCAGCUUGGUGAGAAAAAUAAACUAACAGAGUUGCGGCAGCUUAUAAGCGAAACAACAACAAAGCAAUUAACAGAAACAUUGCGUGGCAAACUAACGCGGAACGAUUGCAUUAAUUUUUGGAACUAUUUGUUGCUGGCGUUGAAUGACAGCAGUGUGGAAACGCGGGAGAAGCGUUUCACCUGCGUGCAAUGUUUCUUGGGGGGACUGCGAGCUGUGGAGGUCAGCUACAAGCAGAGUGUGGAUUCGAUAACACGUCUCUGUCAGGACUUGCCUACAUUUACUGCAGAUGAAUUAAACUGGAUUGUAGAGCAUUGCAUGGAUGAUAUGCGUGCGGGAGAUGCGAAAUGCGUAACCUGGAAGGAUCUGCUGCCAGAGGCGCUGCUUGUGCUAAUGGAGAAGCCGCAGCUUAAUAUAAAUGAAAUUGUUAUGACGGGACGAGAAUAUAGAGAUAGCAGUGUUCGCAAUUUAUUGACAAUGCGCUGGCCAACUGCAAUACUUACGCCCAUAGCGAAUAUGUUUAGCUCGCUAAAGCUAAGCGCUAGCGAACGCUUGACUGUGUUGAGUAAAUUUGCUGGCACACUUAAGGAUUUAUCGCCCAUGGAGCUGCCAGCGCUUUGCUUUCAACUCUUUUCCAUGUGUCAGACAGCAGCGCAGUUGAUUAUACCGUUGCUGGCGUUGGAAAAGUACUUUCAUCGCAACUACUACAAGCGUUUGUUCUCGGAUAUGUGCAGCAAUUCUACAGAUCUCGAUAGCAUAGAUGCCUAUUCGGACAAGGAGCUGCUAGAGGCAGAGGAGACUGUGUUGUAUCAUUUAAACUACUGCACUAUGUACUUGCUUACAGAGCAGCAUGUGUCCAUUAUGCUAAGAAACUUUCAGAACAUGCCUGAUGUUAUACUUACACCUUUUAUGCUCAGCGCUAUAAUCUCUAUGACAGCUGUAAAUCGUGAUCCUGAAUCUGAGCGUUUCUCUAGCAGCAUUUUGUUGCCUUUUCUGCGCAAUGUUAUAAAGCACAACGAGGAUGAACGCAGCUUGGCAGACUAUUCUGUAUGGUGUCGCGAUACGUUGCAGGGCCAGCAGGUGGAUCUAAUGCAGGUGUUUACUGUGCUUAUAGAUCAAAAUAAGGAUGGCAAGGAUGUUAUUACACCAGGCUUGGUUAAUUUAGCUUUUACUUUGCUUAAAGCGCAAAAUGCACCCAAACUAAAUACGCUGGCAAUUGCAUUUUUGACUAAAUUUAUACGCAGACGUUUCAUAUUUGGCAAGGGCAUUAUUAAACGCAUUGCAGAGUGGAUGAUUGUGGAUCAGCAGCAGAAUCAGUUUUCCGAAUGCUUAACCAUGUUAAGUGUAGCGGAUACUUAUACAGUUUCAGAGUGCCUAGACACUAUAACGAUAGUUAUGGAGGAUUUUCUAUGGCUGCCUGGCGAGCAAUCUAUGCGCAUGAUGAACUUCAUAUUACCGCUGCUUAAGCUUUCCAAUCGCGUGCGUGAUGCUUUAAUCGAUGUGCUACGCAAGGCUAUGAACAAAGACUAUCGCACACGUUGCAUGGCCAUUUUUGGCUUUUGCAUGAUACUAAAGCAGCUCAACAAUAGCAACUCGGUUAGGCAAUCGCAAAACGCUAGCAGCUUCUGCACGCAGCACAACAUCUCUGGUUACUCCAUGAUGACGCAAAUAACGCUGGGCAGUCGCAACAAUCCGCAGCGUAACUUUGAUAUGCUUACGCUGGAAAUCAUAGGCUUGCUGCGUAGCUGCUUUGAACAACCGCUGGACAUACGUCUGACGCUCUAUGAGAAUCUGCAACGCGCUGUGGAGUUGAAUGCCAAGCUGGUGCCGCAUGUGCUGCAAUUUGCAGACUUUCAUUUUCGCAGCUUCUUUGACACGCCCAGCGAGGAUGAAGUAAUUGAUGAUUUGGACUGCAAAUUUGACAUACAUUACGAUAAAAUGGUUAGCGAAGAGCAUGAGCAGCUGCAGCUUAAAGACAAUCUAGGACGCCUAGUGCAGUUUCUUGCCUAUUGUUUGGCUAUUUUUGAGCGUGCGCCCUACGGUUGUGAUGUUACCGAAAUGCAACGUUUGCUAACGCUUUGCACACAGCGUUUGGUAGCUAAUCGUUUGCCAUUGGAAGCAGCUUCUGCGCCAGCUACACAACUCAAGUGCGCGCUGUUGCAACAGCAGCUAAAUCUUAUAGAGGGACUCAUUUCACAUGCAGUGCUAAGCUCCAAGCCCAGUAAUCAAGCUAUAAAACAAGUGCUGCCGCUGUUUAAGCAGCAUCAGCAACUGCUUAAGGGCUUAAACUCAUUGGCAGAUGCAGCUAAAAAGUCACAAAAGCAUUUUAAGCAGCCAUUAAGUCAUGACAGCAGCGCUGCGGCUAAUCAAAGCAUUAGUGCAGCUAAAAUAAAACAAAUUUGCACGCAACCAGACAACAUAUGGGAUUUAGCUAUAAUAGAAAAGCUGCUGCAUUUGCUGCAUGACGAUCUGGUGCCAUUUGCGGAUGCAGCUCACACCACAGCGUUGCGCAGCUAUGAGCCGCUAGUGCGCUAUGUGCUGGAACUAGCAGCGCUAAAGGUGCAAGCUAUACGCUUGGAGCCGGACUUUAAGCAAUUGUCGUAUAGCAAACGCACGCUCAAACUUUUAACAGACAUAGCCAAGGUGGUUUAUGAACGCUGCAUACGACGCCUGCCCGCGCUAUGGCGUGAAUUUGAUAUAGAAAGCGCUGCAUUGGCGGCGCAAUGCUUUAUGGAAUGCGUGCAUACAGCGCAUGUAACUUACUACAAACGUUUCAAUGAGUUUGUCAAAGGAUUUGAUUUUGCUGUCAUUAGUCAGCAGAAGCAAGUAAGCUAUGUGCUGCAGCAUGUGCUGGAUGAGUAUAUGAAGGAGCCUAAAGACGACGAUGAUGCUAUAGCCAAACAUGCAUAUGGCGCCAAGCUGCCAGUUUAUUUGCUGGAAACGCUAGAGCUGCUUUAUGAUCAUAUUAGCUAUGAGGAGCGCGCUGCAAUUGAUUCCUACACUUGGCUGCUUAGCUUUUGCCGCAGCUAUGAGCUACCAAAUGCCAAUAUGGCAGUAGUACAUCGUUUGCUCUUUACGCAACGUCAGAAAACACAUUCGGGUGCUUUCUUCGAUAGCAUAGCUAGACAAAUAGGCGCUGUGCUGGGCAGACAAAACGAUGAUGUGGAAACAGCGCCAGACUUGGGCUUGCAGUCACUCAACAUGCAAACUGUUGGCAGCUGUCUGCAGUAUUUGUAUGCAGCGCUGCAAAAGCAAAUGGAAGAUGUGGACUAUUUUAUAGUAAAAGCUAAUAAUCUAAGCUACAAAUGCAAUGUAGUGCCUGAGGCAGAUCGUGUGUAUUGGCGUGGCAACUUGGAUGCUUUGGUGCGUUCUAUAUGCACACAAAUGAUUUUAAUAUCACGCACUUUGCUGGAACUAACAAAUGUAUGCAUACCAUUGGGCAGCCAUAUGGAUGGACUAAUGAAGCUGCUAAUACAACUAUAUGCUACUAUGAAGAAUCUGGCCAGACAUUAUUUAAGCUGCGCUACAGCUGAGGGCAGCAUUAAAAGCACUAAAUUUGAGCUGCUGCUGCGUGAUGUAGGCAAACCGCUGCCUGUUAAUAUAUAUGAGCUAAUUGCCUAUGUGGAACACAACAUACUGGACGAUCAAGCACAGCAGCCUGCAAGCAAGCGUAAGCCGCAGUCAGAGCGCGCCAAAGUGCUGCGCGAAACGCGUUACAUACCCAAAGUUAUACUGGCAAUGGAAAGCUUUAAUAAGCAUGUUAUAUUGCUUUCGAAGAAAGCCAAAUCCAUUGAUCGUUUGGCAAAUUAUAUGCAUUUGGGCGCUGUGCGUGAUUUUAAUAUAAAAUCGGGCGAUCUGCGUGAUAUGAUUGAACGCACUUACUCGCAAAGCAGUCAAAUUGAAGUGUCUGCUAGCAGCUUGGAGCAGGAAGCUGAGAGUGAGCAGGAGCAACAAGAGGAGAGUGCUAAUGAAGAGGAGUCAGAGGAGGAGCAGCCACAGCCAGUGAAGCGAGCUGCUUCUAAAGCGCAACGACGACGCCGCGUUGUUGUUAGCGAUGCGGAGGAGCAAGCCGAGGAUGAGAAUCAGCCGCCGCCACAGCCCGCAGUGAAACCAACUGCUGGCAAAGCACAACGACGAAGACGCACUGCUGCCAGCGAUGAGGAGCAGGAAGCAGAGCCACUGCCUAUAGUGAAGUCAAUUGCUGGCAAUGCGCAACGACGACGUCGCGCCACUGCUGCCAGCGAUGCGGACGAAUCACAGCCCAAACGUAGGCGUGGUCGCCCCACUAAGAAAUAAAUUUGUAAUCCCAAACUUGAAUGAUUUACCGUAGUCGCAGUUACUCACGCGUGUGGCUCAGCAUCAUAAUCAUCAUCAUAUGUUGCUGUUGUUGUUGUUGUUGCUGCCCCAAAUCCAUUUAAGUUUUUAACUUGUGUUUUUAUGUACUUUUUGGCGCAAAUUUGAUGCGCGCACGCAAUAGACGCAAGUGUAGCCAUCAUUUUAUUGCACUUGAAAACUUAAUUAGGCCAA